CCAUCUCACUCUGCAUCUCCUCUGGCCUUGGGACCUUCCUGCCGUCAGCGCCGCCUCAGUCUGCCCCUCCCCCGCCGGAACUGCCCGCCGACCCCUUCUCCAUCCACUCCCAUAUACCGACAUGUCCUCUCUGCCCAGUGAAGAAAUCCUGGCCCGAAAGUGGGAUCGAUGCCUGGCCAACUAUGGCCAGAAGGCCGCCAUUGGACUCGCCGUCGGCAUUGGCCUGUCCUUCCUGUUCUUCAAAAGACGAGCCUGGCCCUUGGGCUUGGGUGUCGGUGCAGGACUGGGCAUUGCUCACUCCGAGUGUUCAAGAGCCUUCAACCCGGAUCUCCAGAUCGGACAGACCUGGAAGAAAGCCUAGAUCGGCCCAGCAAGCCUGUCCUUGUUGCGUCCCGCACACCGAUAUCGACACAAUACACUGCCGUACCAACUUUGCA